CGCUGACGUCACAGCAGCGACAGACACGCCCAGCUGUUCCUCACCCAGCUCGCCCUCAGUUUAUCAACAGUGAGGUUGAAGUCAGUCAUGGAGUCUGACAGUGACGUGUGCUCCUUCUGCCGCAUCGCAAACCACGACACGGACACAGACAUCCUGCUGAGUGACGAGCAGCUGGUCUGUUUUCGGGACGUGAAGCCUGGAGCCACUCAUCACUACCUCAUCGUUCCCAGGAUGCACAUCGACAACUGUAAAGCUCUGCAGGGAACCGACGUCCCUCUAGUGGAGCAGAUGGAAAAAAUGGGGAGGAGUAUACUGGAGAAGAAUAACAUCAGCGACCUAGAUGACGUCUGUAUGGGUUUUCAUAUUCCUCCAUUCUCCUCCGUCCCACACCUCCACCUUCACGCUCUGGCGCCCACCAGUAAGAUGAGCUUCAGGUCGCAGCUGCACUACACCCCGAAGUCUCACUGGUUCAUCACAGUAGAUAAAGUCCUGUCUCAGUUGAAGACUCAUGGGAAGGUCAAAUGAAGAGAACCGAAGUUUCAACAUUUACAUGUUAUAUCUUUUCAUUAAGCUUCACUCAUUUAAUUUUAAAUCACUUUUCUAUCUGACUCAACAUUGUUUUUAAUUAAUGAGUUCAUAUGAAGUGCAGUCUUCUGCACUGCUUGAUGAUUCAGUUGGUCGAAGCCGGAAAAGGUUGAACUUUCCGUGCACCAUCAAAUGUCGUUUAGUGUGACUAUCAACACAUCAACAAGGGGAGAAUUACAUCUUAUCAGAUAAUUAUAUCUAUCUGAUAUCUUCAUGGUUUGAAAAUCCCAUGUAAGAAGCCAUUUAAUUGUAUUUUUUACAUUAAUGUGUUUUUCAGAAAGAAAAAUUGAACAAACCUGUUGUAUUUUUUGUUUGUGUCUUUGUUUUAAUGAAGUAUUUCAACUGCUUAUACUUUGGAUAUCAUGUGUUACAACCUGCCUGACGCACUGAGAUAAAUGUCUCUUAAUAAUAUUAUAAUAUUAUAUUUAUUAUUAAUAAAAGCUCUAGAGAA